AUGUCACUAUCGCGACGCCUUAUUGUCGACAAGACACUUUUGCGGUCAUCUCUAUUGGCGGUAUCGUCGAAUCGUCAAGCGCACGCGCGAAACACGAUUAUCAAUUUCGUGCCGCAACAAGAAGCAUGGGUUGUUGAGCGAAUGGGCAAAUUUUAUCGAAUUUUGGAUCCGGGCCUUAACUUUUUGCUGCCGGUCGUCGAUAAAAUCAAAUUUGUGCAAAAUUUGAGGGAAAUCGCCAUCGAGAUUCCCGAACAGGGCGCGAUCACCAUUGAUAAUGUGCAAUUAAGGCUUGACGGCAUAUUGUAUUUGCGUGUUUUUGACCCUUAUAAGGCUUCCUAUGGUGUUGACGAUCCGGAAUUUGCCGUCACACAACUCGCACAGACAACAAUGCGAUCAGAAGUCGGCAAAAUCAAUUUGGAUACGGUAUUCAAGGAGCGCGAGCAACUCAACGAGAACAUCGUCGCCGCCAUCAACAAAGCGUCGGCGCCGUGGGGAAUUUCGUGUAUGCGAUAUGAAAUCCGUGAUAUGCAAAUGCCGGCCAAAAUUCAAGAAGCGAUGCAGAUGCAGGUUGAAGCUGAGAGGAAGAAGCGCGCUGCGAUUCUCGAAUCGGAAGGAGUUCGUGAGGCGGCCAUCAACAAAGCCGAAGGACAAAAACGCGCGGCGAUUUUGGCGUCGGAAGCCGUUCGCGCGGAAAAAAUUAAUAUCGCUACUGGAGAAGCUGAGGCGACAUUACUUCAAGCAGAAGCUCGAGCGAAAGCGAUUGAAAGAGUUGCUCAAGCGUUACAACAACAGGGCUCCACGAAUGCGGCAAGCUUAUCGAUCGCUGAGCAAUACGUGAACGCUUUUGGAAAAUUGGCGAAAGAAUCGAACACCGUCGUUUUGCCGGCGAAUCUCAGCGAACCGGGCAGCAUGGUCGCGCAGGCAUUGGCAGUUUAUAAUAAUAUUAGCAAAAAGGAGUAA